AGUUGACGUAAAGUAGACAAAGCCGUUACUGUCUAUAUUUGACAGCUUAGCUGACAUCCAGGCAUAGACUAUAGCAACGGUUACGGAAAACUUGAACGCAGUGAAGCAAAGAGGGAAAGCUCGGAGUAAUACAAGGUGCCAUUUUUGGAUGUUAACUAUUAAGGAUCAGACAUGGCCGUUUCCGUAGGAUCCGUAUUUGUUCUCUUGUUUUGUAUUGCAUUGACAGUGACUUAUGUCCAAAGCCAGGCCGCUAAACAGGCAUAUGCCGUGACAGUCGAUCAGGGCCAGGCACAAACAACUGGUGAGCGAGAGAAUGAGUGGGAAGGUCCACCUGGUGGAGGUUAUGGCACAACGGAAAUGAUGACAACUGCUAUGGCUGGAGAAGUCGAGUUCGAAGCAGAAGAAGUCAUAACGACAACUACCAUGAAGCCCAAACCAACAAAGGCUAGACCACGAAAGCGACCAAAGUCGAGAAGAAGGCGACCGAAGAAUUUAAAACCAAAACCCAAACCGAAAGUCACACCAGCGCGAAAAAGACCACCGACGACACCUGCGCCUACAUUAGCACCAACCGCAGCACCAACACCUGCACCAACCAUGGCACCUACACAACCACCUACACCAGUACCAACCAUGGCGCCAGUUAAAAAAUCAACACGAGCAAAAACACGAACAAAGGUUUCCAAAGCAGCUGGGCGGGCUCAAGGAGGGAAGGGCAAUGCCGGAUAUGCGACAGGUGGCGGCGGUGCCGCACCGGCUCCUAUGCCAAUUGUUCACCAACAGGUAUACCCCCAACCCGUGCCUACAACAACGCCCGCGCCUACCACCAAGUCACCUCAGCAGUAUCUGUACGAGCCUCAUUCUUGCCCUAAAAUGGACGUGGCAACCUGGGAAAAUGAAGUGGUGAUUUAUGACAACAAAAAUUGUGCAAUAAUUGUCCGUAUGAACCCCAGACUUAAAAGACCCACAGUUUCAAUGCAGGCGCCAUAUUGGUGACCGUCGGUCAUUCUUUCGUUGUUGGUCACGUCCUUGGUCUUCUUUGUUAUUUCGGACUCAAUGUUUUGGCUGUACAAACUCAUUUGCAAUUGUACUGGUCCCAUAGAAAUCCCCAUGAACCAGAUUUCAACUACUGAUUUAGUCAUUCGAGUGUACUCCGCACGAAUACCACGUGACACAAAGAACAAUAUGGUCACCAGAAUGUCACGUGGUCUUUUUACAAAAAAUGGAGAUGGUGAAUUUAAAAUCAUAAAUGUGUAUACGUGUUAUUAAUAAUUAUGGCAAUAUCGGUUGUUAGUGUUAUUUUAAAUAAAUUGUAUGUGGAGAGAA